CCCGUGGAACCCAGCUGGACGAACCAAACAUGGGCUCCAAGGUGCACGCGUGUUCGGUCCUGCUGCUCCUGCUCGUGAGCUUCCAUCACUCCGCGCCCUGGCUGCUCGAUGUCAUCUUCCCUCGUGACGCCAAGAGUCAAGUCUCGACCAACAGCAGCACUCCUCCGCUCAUCAUCGUUCCAGGGAACUUGGGGAACCGUCUGGAAGCAAAGCUGGACAAACCCAAACUGGUCCACUGGAUGUGCUACAAGAAGACCUCGCACUGGUUCCCCCUGUGGAUCGACUUCAACAUGCUGAUGCCCAUCGGGCUGGACUGCUGGAUCGACAACAUCAGACUGGUCUACAACCGCACGACUCGGCGCUCCUCCAACUCACCCGGUGUGGAGGUGCGGGUCCCUGGGUUUGGACAGACGUACCCCAUUGAGUUUCUGGACUUUAACAAUCUGGCAGGUUAUUUUCACACAAUGGUGCAGCACCUGGUCAACAUCGGAUACGUCCGGAACGCCACGAUUCGAGGAGCGCCGUACGACUGGAGGUACACGCCCAAUGAGAACCAGGAAUAUCUAGCGAAGCUCCGGGGUUUGGUGGAGGAGAUGUACGACCAGUACCAGGAGCCAGUUUACCUGAUGGGCCACAGCAUGGGCUGCCACUACGUCCUCUACUUCCUCAAUCACCAAACCAAGUCCUGGAAGGAGAAGUACAUCCGGGGCUUUAUCUCUCUGGGGGCGCCAUGGGGUGGCGCUGUGAAGCCCCUGCGCGUCAUGGCUUCAGGUGAAAACGACGGCAUCCCCAUGAUCUCCAACAUCAAGAUCCGCGAGGAGCAGAGGAUGACCACCACCAACCCCUGGAUGCUGCCCUCUGAGGAGGCCUGGCCCAAAGACCACGCCUUCAUCUCCACACCCAGCUUCAACUACACCAACCAGGACUACAAACGCUUCUUCACUGACAUCAACUUUGAGGAUGGAUGGCACAUGUGGGAGGACACCAAGAACCUCACCAGUUACCUUCCCCCUCCCGGAGUUGAGACGUGGUGCAUGUACGGCGUGGGACUACCAACCCCGGUGACCUACAUUUACGAUGAGAACUUUCCCAACUCCGACCCGACAGGCUACGUUUAUGCCGACGGGGACGACACGGUGGACAGCCUGAGCAUGAGUCUGUGCAAACGCUGGGUGAACAAGCAGACCCCGCCCGUCCACGUGACUGAGUUCAAGGGCUUGACCCACCUAGACAUUGUGUUCCACGAGCAGGUGCUAGACCUGGUCCAGGCCAUUCUGGAAGGCCGGAGCAACACCUCCGAGGUGGUGGAGGUCAGAUCGCAGCAGUGAGGUGUCUGAGGCGGCUGCCGUGUUUAUGUGCAGGCGCAGCAGGUAACCCUGACCCCUCACACUGGGAAAACAAGACCCCCUCAUCUAGACUAAAGGUUGCUGGCAAGCAAGAGUCUGCUGGCUGUCACUUUGGACUUUAUUUUAUUUGAUGGUAUUUAUAAUCUCAAACAUGGUGUUUUGAACCACUGUGAUUUCUUUCAAAACCACUGAAUCAAAAACGGAAGUGUAAACAAGAAGUGUGAAUAAAAUGUUAACCGCGAGCCGGUGCUUG